ACGUGAAAGUAGGAAGGGGAGGCUAUAGCCGGACCGACGUCGCUUCGUGCGCCUCAGUCGUUCGUGGACCUCGAAGGACGAUAGAGGUCGAAGAGGGCACUUCCUCCUCUCCUGCCUCGCGGAUUCUUUCGGCACGCUCUUCCUCUCUUCUUCUUCUUCUUUCUCCUCCUCCUCUUCCUCCUCUUUUCUCGCACGACUUCGGUGACGAGGGCAUCGCAACAGGAUAAUCGUCCACAAGGAUUUCGGCGCGGGGAUAUCGUUUCGUAAAGUCAAUCGGGAGAUAACCGGAAGAAUGCGCCGUCAAGUCUCGAUCGUCCUCGGGAUCGUCCUGCUGGGCUGCUUUCAAGAAAAUUCCGUUCUCUUCGCGAAAUAUGGACGGCAAGGAUUAUCUGAAAGCUGAAAGAAUAAAUACGGGAAAAUCUUCGGCGAUUGAAGCAAUUACCGUCUUGCACCGAGGCUAAUUACGGAACGUCGAUGAUUACGUGUCGGGAGCGUGUCCCAGGAUAUGCCCACCGAGCGGCGAGCCCGUUUGCGGCAGCGACGGUGUCAUUUACGCGUCGCAGUGCGAGAUGCGGAAGAAGAUGUGCGGAAAAGGCGUUACCGUGGCCACGGAGAAGACGGCUUGCCUGAGGUCAUCCGGUAGCAAGUGCGAGCAUCGCUGUCCGGGCGAUCAAGAUCCGGUAUGCGGUACAGAUGGGCGUACCUACCUGAACAAGUGCAUGCUCAGGGUGGAAAUCUGCCGAGUCGGGAUCGAGUUGUCUCAUCUUGGGCCGUGCAACAAUAUUUCGGCCCACAGGGAAAACUGUCCGGUCUCGUGCGACUUCGCGCCGCUCGACGGACCGGUUUGCGGAAGCGACGGAAACGUCUACAAGUCUACGUGUCAGAUGAAGCUGCUCACUUGCGGCCAAGGCGUCGUGCGUACGAAUAAGAAACAUUGCCAGACCACAAGACAUUGUCGUGAGUCGUGCUGGCGUGGUGCCAAGCCUGCCUGCGGUAGCGACGGCAUUUUGUACUCGAACACCUGCAAAAUGCGAGCGAAGAACUGCGGCAAACACAUCUUCGAAGUGCCGAUGUCGUUCUGCGUGUCGCGGGAACGGACGUCCGGGGGCCAAUCGAACGCGUGUCCCUUGGACUGCAAAAAUGAGCCAGAAGUGUCGGUGUGCGGAUCGGAUGGAAGUAUAUACAGGAAUGAAUGCGAGAUGCAAAUGCUAAACUGCGGGCAUGCGAGAAGAAAGGUAACGGUAGUGGACUUCGAGAAGUGUCGAUCCCGGCUAACGAAAUGCACGAAGCAACAGCAGAGGUGCGGAAGUGAGGUGGAUCCGGUUUGCGGUAGCGACGCGAAUACCUACCCGAACCAGUGCCACUUGAACGUGGCAGUUUGCUUAAAAGGCAUCCAAUUAGCUCAUGUUGGUGAGUGUACGACCUUGAAGGAGAUCGAACAGUGCCCCGAAGACUGCGAUGAAGUACCCGAGGAACCAGUUUGUGGAAGCGACGGCAAUGUUUAUCGGUCCCUCUGCCAUCUGCGGCGUGAGACUUGCGGCCAGAGGGUGGUUCAAGUUCCGGCGCAACAUUGUCGCACCACGGCGCUCUGCAACCAAAUCUGCACUGGGGAGCGUCAGUUUGUUUGCGGCUCCGACAACAAGCUCUAUCGCAACGAAUGCGAGAUGAAGAGGGACAAUUGCGGGAAACACGUAUACGUGGUCCCCAUGAAGAGAUGCGUCCAGGGUUUCCUAUUUCGUGGUUGCCAGAAGAUCUGUCCGCCUUAUUACGACCCCGUAUGCGGCACCGACGGUAUGACGUACAGCAACGAGUGUUUCCUAGAGAUCGAGAACUGCCGCAGCAGAAGCCUCGUCACGAAGAAGUAUCACGGAGUAUGCGGUCAGCCGACGGAAGAACCAAAAAAUUAUCUCUACUGAGAUCGAUCGACCUAAACACGAUUCGACAAAAAGAAAAGGAGGAAGGGAAAGAGAAGAAAGAUAAUUUCACUUGUAACUCGCAGAAUCGACGAUUACUGUGCAUUCAUUCGUCAUGAGUUUGGAAAUAUUUAAUCGCUCGGUGAGCUAGCCGCUAAUUUCACUGAUCGAUCGAGUAUUCGCUGUACUGUCCGCGACAGUUCAUACACAUCGUCGUGACGAGCGAUGUGAUGAGGAAUAAUUCGUGCGAAUUCGGACAUAUUCGAUUUUGACGACCGGAAACGCACUGAAUGCCUCUUCCGCGGAGGAAAACGAGCGUCUUGCCAGUCGCAGUCUGAAUUGUUAUCGUAUUGUUACUGCUAUUAUUACUGUACUUCUAUGAUAAUAAUAUCGCCGCGAUUGUCGAUCCUUUCUCGAGUGUUUGCGUAAUUACGAAGCGCCACUACAAUCAACGCAAAUCGGCAUUGUACGUUAAAUUUGACGAAUAAUCGUCCGUGGUAAAUUUGGAAAAAUUCUCCUUCCCUUUGCUACUUUGUAAAUCGAGGGAAGGGUCGUCAUUCGCGCAUCGAUAUAGUCCUUCCGAUAUCUUCGCACAUAAUUAACGGUAUAGACUCAUUAUUAUUUAUUAUAGCAUUAAUCAUUGCAUACGAUUUCAUUUCUUCAUAGUUGCGCCCGUCGUUCUAAUUAUGGCUAUUAAUAUAUCUCAACGCAAUGUUGCCAGAGCGUACUCUUAUUCUAGGGGAAUAUUGUGCUAUUAUAUCUCCUUCCGAUAUGUGAUGUGUGUUCAACUGACUAUAUAUUAUUAUAUUAUCAUUGCAAUUUUUAUUUAUUAUCGAAUAUGCGAGAAUCUUUCCUCUGUAUCGACACUAACACUGUAUACGCUUCCAACGUCAAUAAUAAAUCAUAUAUGUAUAUUUUAAGAUAUAAAAGCUGUUAUAUGUAUGUUUGUAUAUAUCAUCGAAAAUAAUGAGUUAUUUGUUUAUGUUUACUUUCGCGAAGCACUAAAAAUCUGACGUCGCAAUUAAGGCUCCGCGGUAGUUACCAUGACUGUUUUUGUUUAAUGAAGUCAGAAGCGAGAGAACGCAUGCCAAGAUUUUUUGCGUUAUACAUUCAAAUAAAAAAAAUAUAUCCACAAAAUUUGUGAUCGAUUUAGCACAUUUGUA